AGAGGGAGGAGACAGACAGUGAUAUGGGAGUCGGCAGGAGUCGUUGGCAGGGUCAGUCAGAGUGCAGCAGGAGAGCGCUGAACCACAGGCACACGCUCAGCAUGGAAGGUACCGGAGGGUGCGACCAUGGAUCAGGGAUGUACAGCUGCUUCAGAACACGCUGAACAGGGCAUCAUGUCCAUCUCCUUGGUAACAGUCUCAGCUACAGCCAAUGCCACCACGCUGUUUGCGGCCGUGACCCCAGCCUCCGUGACUCCUGCUGUGAACAAUGCUUCUGAGCACGUGCGGGAUGCGGCCCUGGCCAUAGCCGAGGUGGUCGUGUUGUCGGUCAUCUUAGCAAUGGCGUUGCUUGGUAACGGACUGGUGUUGGUGGUGUUGCUGAGGCGGAGACGACACCACACUCCGCUCCACCGGUUCAUGUCCAACCUCUGUUUGGCUGACCUGGUAGUGGCACUGUUCCAGGUGUUACCGCAGUUGGUGUGGGACAUCACAGGUCGUUUCAGAGGCCCUGACUUCCUGUGUCGCCUGGUCAAGUACCUCCAGGUCCUUGGCAUGUUUGCCUCCUCCUACAUGAUUGUUGCUAUGACUAUUGACCGCCAUUAUGCCAUCUGCUGCCCACUGAAGGCCUACAGCGGUGGUGGUACCCAACGCUGGAACACACUAAUACUGCUGGCCUGGGGCCUGUCCACCCUGCUGAGCCUGCCACAGGUGUUCAUCUUCUCCAGGUCGGAGGUGGCUCCGGGAGUGUUUGAGUGUUGGGGGAACUUUGCUGAACACUGGGGCCUGAAGGCCUAUGUCACAUGGAUGACCCUGGCUGUCUUCAUCCUGCCUGUCCUCAUCAUCACUGUCUGCCAGGUCCGUAUCUUCAGAGAGAUCCAUGACAAUGUCUACCAGACAGAGCGCCGGCUGUCCCCUGCCUCCGUCUUCCUCCCCCCUCCCUCCUCUCGCCGGGACAGCCACCGAGUGGGAGGAGCCAGUCGAGGGAGGCUCAGCCUAUCACCAUGUGCUCCUACCACACUGUCCACCCUCCACGGUGACGACCCUGCCUUUGACUCCAACCCUCUGUCUCAACACUUCCUCCCACUGGCUCCCCUGGCAUCCAGCAGUGUUGCCUUACACUGUGAUAACUCCGCCUACUCGGGUGAGCUGCAGCCUGACGUUCUUCCUGAGCCUCCCAUGCCUGCUCACCGCUGCCCUUUGACCCCGGGCCCCCGUCCCAGGGUGGGCGGGGUGUCGGCAGCUAUGUCUAAGACAGUGAGGAUGACCCUGGUCAUAGUUCUGGUCUACACGGUUUGCUGGGCUCCCUUUUUCAGUGUGCAGCUGUGGGCUGCCUGGGACCCCAACCCUCCACAGAACAGUGCUGUGUUUACCCUCCUCAUGUUGUUGGCCAGUCUGAACUCGUGCACCAACCCCUGGAUCUACUCGGCGUUCUCCAGCAGCGUGUCUCCAGAGCUGCGCCUACUGCUGCUCUGCCAGGGACACGCUGAGCGCCGGGGCUCGCUCCCCAACGACUCCACCACCACACACACGUCCACGUACUGACACGCCACACACACCUCCACGUACUGACACG